AUGGGUUCAAAGAGUGUUGCAUCCAUUGCCAUUCUCUCCCUUAGUCUCCUUUUCGUCUCUACUCUUGUCUUUGGCGCCAUCCCGAGUCCUACGACAGCACCUAAUUGUCAAAUCGAAAAAUUGAACGUUUGUGUCGAUCUGUUGGAUACAUUGAAAGUAGAAAUUCGACCAAAAACUACACCUUGCUGCAAAAUCAUCAAUGGUCUUGUUGGUCUCGAUGCCUCAAUUUGUCUCUGUGCUGCACUCAAGGCUGGUGUCUUGGGAACAAUCACUGCUGACCAUAAUACUUCUUGUUGGGAAAAACCAGCAUAG